CAUUUUUAUACGCGAAGAAGCGAUCAACGAACGGACAAGGCCGAAUGCAUUGAAUGUCAACGUGUCCGUCCUCUUUCUCGUGAUCAUACUAGUACAUAUGCGAAUCUUUGCCCUCACCCGCAGCUGACUUCCAUUAUUGUCCUGAUAGGUCCUGAUCUCCUCGUGUGCACGGCCUUGCUCCUGCAGGCGCCUUGUACCUUUAUCUUCUUCCUGUAAUACUAUGGCUUCAUGCGCACCGCCAAUACCACCAAAGCGCUAUCUACACCCGCGUUCUCGCUAUGUGUGUUGUGCAUUCUCUCGAGUAUGCUGGUGUCUUUGUGCAAACGUCCUUCCACGAAUUCUCGUGUCCUUGAUGUCAAUGAUUGUCCACCUCAUAACCUUGUUCAUGAUAUAUCGUCCUAUCCAUUGUUUUAUUAUGGUACCAUUAUGCCCUUGGCUCCAGCCCGCUUUGAAUCCGCGACUUACCUUCAUUGUAGCAUCUUAAAACACUAUGAGACAUGUCAGAGUAACGUCUCCAUGCAGGCAUGCAUGCAUUCUUCCCUCGCUCAUGAUCCCCCCUGGUUCUUGUACCCCGAUGACGACUAUCACAAGGCUGUGUCUGCAUUGCCCGCUAUUGCUCUUCGUGCUUGACUCGUGAUACAGCAUGUGAUCGAUCACAGACGUGCCUGAAGGAUCCUAGCAUGGAUGUCAUUCUGCGUCAUUUUGAUGCAGCACACCUUGAAUGUUCACGUUUGUCCGACGAUGUAAUUCCACAAUGUCUUGGUGUUCAUCUACCUCUAGAUUGUCUUAAGUUCAGAGCCAUGUAUCUUACUGUGGAGUCCGUCCACCUGUAUGGCGCUGAUGUCGUUGCAGCACUUCGACGUCGCUACGCAGUCAUGGUGUCCAUCGUUGCUUAUAAUUUCGGGAGAUACACCGUUCCACUGAACGUAUACCAGCAACACCUCCAACACGUGCUGGCACAGAUAGACUUCACGCUUGCACAUGAGGGCGAUAAAGAACAGGACGUGUACAGAGCCAGCAUCCACUCUGUGUGUCCUCAGACCUCCUAACCACCAACAC